AUGCGCCCGCUAGCUAGAACCUUGCCAGACUCGCGCUCUCCUGUGCCUUUCUUCCUCUUCUCUACCGCUUCCCAACAUUAGCAAGACAGCUAAUCUUCGGUAGAGAACAGUCCGUCCAGCCGUGCCACGUUCGUCUCGUCAGACCUCGUCCGUACCGCCUCACGACCUCUCCGCCCGGACCGUCCGUUGCAACCCAGCCACGUCGACGCUCCCACAGUAGCCCUAGCGGUCGCUACGCCAACCUCCCAAGGUCCUGCAGCCUACAAACAACAAUCUCAGGCCUGGAACAACGCUACGGAGUCAAGCGCCUCGGCCCGGCCGAGUAUAUCCUCGGCAUCCAGAUCAGGCGGUUCGACGACGGCUCUAUCGCCCUAUCCCAGGAACGGUACAUCAUGGACGUGCUCGCUCGGUUCCACUUCGACACCACGACUCGCGGCACUACAGUUCCGAUGACUCCCGGCCUUUCGCUCACUGCUAUCCCGGGUCAAGGCACCGAACGGAUCAGGUCAUGGUAUCUGCAGGCUAUCGGCUCGCUCCUCUACAUUUCGCUCGGCACCCGCCCUGACAUCGCCUUCGCCGUGUCCUACCUGGCCCGCUUCGCCAACAACCCCGGUCGUCGUCAUUGGAUCAAUGUCAGGCAAACAGCGAUACACUGA